AUGACCGCGUGGCUCCAUGAGCACUAACAACUAACUGCAAAAACAGAGCAUACGGUAAAAGACGAUAUUGGUUGGAAGCAGAGGGAUUAUCACUUCGUGUGUUGACAAACCCCCUCCGUCUAAAUCCCUUGCUUUCCUUUUUCCUUCUUUGGCUUCUCAAUUUUCAUUUCACAAUCCACAAUGCACUCUUCGCUUUCUCUCAAGCCUACGCUUCAAGCAGCCCCUUCACUCUCUUCCAAAAUCCCUUACUGGAUUCCGCCACCAGCUCAAAUGAAUUUGUGUGCAAGGAACUCUUUUCCCUCUUUCUCUGUUCGAUCCCAGGGGUCAACUGAUACCUCGCCUGGAAUAGCUACAUCUAGUGAAUCUUUGUCAGAUUCUCUCAAGAUAAAAGAGUGGGAAGUGGGCAUGUUCCACAAUGAAGUUGCUGCCAGCCAAGGUAUAAGAAUAAGGAGAAGACCACCAACCGGUCCCCCUUUGCAUUAUGUAGGACCCUUUGAAUUCCGGUUGCAGAAUGAGGGAAACACUCCUCGUAACAUUUUGGAAGAGAUUAUAUGGCAUAAGGAUACAGAAGUCACACAACUGAAAGGGAAAAUGCCUCUCAGUGUACUGAAGAAAGCUCUUGAAAAUGCUCCUGCUACCAGAGAUUUCAUUGGCUCUUUAAGGGCGGCCAAUGAACGAACUGGACUUCCAGGAUUGAUAGCUGAAGUGAAGAAAGCUUCACCAAGUAGAGGUGUCUUGAGAGAGGACUUCGAUCCAGUUGAAAUAGCUAAAGCUUAUGAAAAAGGUGGGGCAGCGUGUUUAAGUGUUUUGACAGAUGAAAAGUUUUUUAAGGGGAGCUUUGAAAAUCUUGAGUUGAUAAGGAAGGCAGGAGUAAAGUGCCCUUUGUUGUGCAAAGAAUUCAUCGUAGAUGCAUGGCAACUUUACUAUGCUCGAAUUAAAGGUGCAGAUGCAGUUCUUCUUAUUGCUGCUGUUUUGCCGGAUCUUGAUAUUAGUUAUAUGAUUAAGAUAUGCAAGUUACUUGGACUGACUGCUCUCGUGGAGGUGCAUGAUGAGAAUGAAUUUGAUCGUGUUCUUGGAAUAGAGGGGAUUCAGCUUAUUGGCAUCAAUAAUCGUAAUCUUGAAACAUUUGAGGUGGAUAUCAGUAACACCAAGAAGCUUCUUGAAGGAGAGCGAGGCAGAAUAAUCCGUGAGAAAGACAUAAUCGUUGUUGGGGAAUCUGGUCUGUUUACUCCCAAUGACAUUGCCUAUGUACAAGAAGCUGGUGUCAAAGCUGUUUUGGUUGGAGAGUCUAUUGUAAAACAAAGUGAUCCUGGGAAGGGAAUCAGCAAUCUUUUUGGCAAAGAUAUAUCUCACCAAAUCUGAAGUUAGCAACCUUUGCUUGUCUGUACGAAAAAUAAGUUAUUUAGUUUACCACAAAAAAAAAAAUUUCUGAAAAUGCUUUUGAAUCAGAUUUAUGUAUGACAUGUUAAUUUGCUACGUCAAGUCCUUGUGGCAUUUAACCCAAGUUUGCAACAA